UUUCCUGCUGGUAGUCAACAACGAAGCAAAUGGAUUCACGCGAUAAAAAGGGAAAAUUUUGUUCCAUCAGUGGUUCACUCAGUGGUUUGUGAAUUGCAUUUCCAAUCGUGGGGGAUUGAGAAGAAAUCAGUCUUCUAUUGUGAUGAUGGACAAAAAAUCACUCUUCCACUAAAACAUCAACGACUGUCUCCUGGAGCGGUGCCUUCAGUGUUACCCAAUUGCCCAAAUUAUUUGAGCCGCCCAAGCACUUCAUACAGAGAAAGUCCGGAAGAAAAGAAAUUACGUUUAGAAAACGAGUACCUUCUUGCUGCUAUUGACGAAAGUGCAAAAGAAAAUAUUGCAAGAAUAAAUGAAAUAUCAUUUAGCACUUUCGAUGAACUAAAAAGCAAACUGAACUUGCUUAUUUUGGAUGAAUAUUGGUCUAUUAUCAAGAAGGAAGACCGAGUUCUUUUUGUACACAUCGAUUACAAUUCUGCUCCUAAAAUAGUUAAUUCAGUUGUGGUCGAUAAAGAAUUGAAACUUGGUGUGCAUAAUUGUGGCAAAAUAGUGUUUAAACUUGGAGGCAUGGCAAUAAUAAAUGUGUUAGUAAUGUAA